CCUGCGGCGCUUGAGACCUGACGCACGGAGCGAGAGCGCUAGAACGAGAGAGAAAGGGGCAGAAAUGGCGGCUCCGCUCAGCUCCCGCUGAGGAGGGCGAAGCUGGCGGCGGGCUGUGUGUCGGCGCGGAGCAUCACUCCCGCCUCUCGCUACCGGCCUUCUCACGCCGACUUCCUUUCCUCUGUCCUACGCUCGCCUGUCCUCGUCCGCGCUCCGCACAGUCCGGGCCGGCUCGUCUCUCUCGGCCCGUCUCAGCGCCACUGGCCCUGACUGCCCGGCCGGCGGACCGGCCUUGCUCGCUUCUCCCGGGCACGGCAGGCGCGGCGCGGACCCCGUUCGCCUGGCCGGACCAUGGUGAACACCCGGAAGAGCUCUCUGCGCCUUCUCGGGUCCAAGUCACCUGGGCCUGGGCCUGGGCCUGGGGCCGGAGCGGAGCCUGGGGCAGCCGGAGGCAGUAGCCAUUUCAUCUCGUCUCGGACCCGCUCCUCGAAGACCCGCGCCGCCAGCUGCCCCGCCAGCAAGGCCGGGGGAAGCGGCGGCGGCGCUCUGGACGAGGCCCGGAAAGGUGAAGUUGAUGGUAGUUUAAGCGAUAGCCACGUGUCUCCUCCAGCCAAACGCACUUUGAAACAACCUGAUUCUGUUUGCAAGGACAAAUCAAAAUCACGAAGUACUGGUCAGCGAGAAGAAUGGAACAUAUCAUCGGGACAGGCCAGGUUAACUUCGCAGCCUGGUGCUACAUUACCAAACGGACAUAGUAGUUUAUCCCUUCGAAGCCACCCCCUUCGUGGGGAAAAGAAGGGAGAUGGAGACCUUUCUUGUAUAAAUGGUGACAUGGAAGUCAGAAAAAGUUGUCGUUCCAGAAAAAACAGAUUUGAAAGCGUGAACCAGAGUUUAUUAUUUGAUCAACUUGUAAAUAGUACUGCUGAAGCUGUACUUCAGGAAAUGGACAACAUUAACAUUAGACGGAAUCGUCGAUCAGGAGAAGUAGAACGACUUCGAAUGUGGACAGAUACAGAAUUUGAAAAUAUGGAUAUGUAUUCAAGAGUGAAGAGACGAAGAAAGUCCCUGCGAAGAAAUAGCUAUGGGAUACAAAAUCAUCAUGAAGUCUCUACUGAGGGUGAAGAAGAAGAAUCUCAAGAGGAGGAUGGAGAUAUAGAAGUUGAAGAAGCAGAAGGAGAAGAAAAUGAUAGACCCUAUAAUCUGAGACAAAGAAAAACAGUGGAUCGAUACCAGGCACCUCCAAUAGUACCAGCUCAUCAGAAAAAGAGGGAGAACACGCUUUUUGAUAUACAUCGAUCUCCAGCAAGAAGGAGCCAUAUCAGGAGGAAAAAACAUGCCAUUCAUAGUAGUGACACAACUUCUUCUGAUGAAGAACGCUUUGAAAGAAGGAAAUCCAAGAGCAUGGCAAGAGCAAGAAAUAGAUGUUUGCCAAUGAACUUCAGAGCAGAAGACUUAGCUAGUGGUAUUCUCCGAGAGCGAGUGAAAGUGGGGACAAGUUUGGCUGAUGUUGAUCCAAUGAACAUUGAUAAAUCAGUACGGUUUGAUAGCAUAGGUGGGUUGAGCCAUCAUAUUCAUGCACUGAAGGAAAUGGUUGUAUUUCCACUUUUAUAUCCAGAAAUUUUUGAAAAGUUUAAAAUCCAACCUCCAAGAGGCUGUUUGUUUUAUGGUCCUCCUGGCACAGGUAAAACCUUGGUUGCCAGGGCGUUAGCUAAUGAAUGUAGUCAAGGAGACAAAAAGGUGGCUUUCUUUAUGCGAAAAGGAGCAGACUGUUUGAGCAAAUGGGUUGGUGAAUCUGAAAGGCAACUUAGGCUUCUUUUCGACCAGGCGUAUUUGAUGAGACCUUCUAUUAUAUUUUUUGAUGAAAUAGACGGAUUAGCUCCAGUUCGUUCUAGUAGACAGGAUCAAAUCCACAGUUCUAUAGUGUCAACCCUCCUUGCCCUUAUGGACGGAUUAGAUAAUAGGGGCGAAAUUGUUGUUAUUGGUGCUACCAACAGACUUGAUUCUAUAGAUCCUGCGCUCAGGAGACCUGGCCGUUUUGACAGAGAAUUCCUUUUCAACCUGCCUGAUCAGAAGGCAAGAAAACAUAUUUUACAGAUCCAUACCAGGGACUGGAAUCCAAAAUUAUCAGAUGCUUUUUUAGGUGAAUUGGCAGAAAAAUGUGUUGGUUACUGUGGAGCUGAUAUCAAGGCCCUGUGCACUGAAGCUGCCCUGAUUGCUCUACGGAGGCGCUAUCCCCAGAUUUACGCGAGCAGUCACAAACUGCAGCUGGAUGUUUCUUCAAUAGUUCUCAGUGCACAAGAUUUUUACCAUGCAAUGCAGAAUAUUGUGCCUGCUUCUCAGCGUGCUGUGAUGUCUUCAGGACAUGCACUGUCUCCUAUCAUAAGGCCACUUCUGGAAAGAAGUUUCAACAACAUCCUUGCAGUCUUGCAAAAAGUAUUUCCUCAUGCUGAAAUUAGCCAGAGUGACAAGAAAGACGAUUUAGAAGCUCUACUUUUAGAUGAUAGUGAAGAUGAGAAUGCUUUAUCAAUUUUUGAAACCAGUUGUCACUCAGGAUCACCAAAGAAACAGUCAUCGGCUGCUGCUGUACAUAAACCCUACCUUCAUUUUACAAUGUCACCAUACCACCAGCCAACCUCUUACAGGCCAAGGUUAUUGCUGUCUGGAGAACGAGGCUCAGGUCAAACUUCUCACCUUGCUCCAGCACUUUUGCACACUCUAGAAAAAUUCUCUGUGCACAGACUAGAUCUCCCAGCACUUUAUUCAGUUAGUGCCAAAACACCUGAAGAAUCAUGUGCACAGAUUUUUCGUGAAGCUCGAAGAACAGUACCAAGUAUUGUUUACAUGCCUCACAUUGGUGAUUGGUGGGAAGCUGUCAGCGAAACUGUGAGAGCAACAUUUCUGACAUUGCUACAGGAUAUACCAUCAUUUUCACCUAUAUUUUUAUUGUCUACCUCUGAAACCAUGUACAGUGAACUACCUGAAGAGAUUAAAUGUAUCUUUAGAAUACAGUACGAAGAGGUCUUGUAUAUUCAAAGGCCAAUUGAAGAAGACAGAAGAAAAUUUUUCCAAGAGUUGAUUCUCAAUCAGGCGUCAAUGGCUCCACCACGAAGGAAACAUACCGCUCUUUGUGCUAUGGAAGUGCUUCCUCUCGCACUACCUUCUCCACCUCGCCAAUUAUCAGAAUCAGAAAAAAAUCGGAUGGAAGACCAGGAGGAAAAUACUUUAAGAGAAUUGCGAUUGUUUCUCAGGGAUGUAACCAAGAGGCUGGCCACAGAUAAACGCUUUAACAUCUUCAGCAAACCGGUGGAUAUUGAAGAGGUUUCAGAUUAUCUUGAAGUAAUCAAGGAGCCAAUGGAUUUAUCAACAAUAAUAACUAAAAUUGAUAAACAUAAUUACCUGACUGCUAAAGAUUUCCUGAAAGAUAUUGACCUCAUCUGCAGUAAUGCUUUAGAGUACAAUCCAGAUAAAGACCCAGGAGAUAAGAUAAUCAGGCACAGGGCCUGUACCCUGAAGGACACUGCACAUGCCAUCAUUGCGGCUGAGUUAGAUCCAGAAUUUAAUAAGCUCUGUGAGGAAAUUAAAGAAGCAAGGAUAAAAAGAGGCUUAUCAGUAACAACAGAACAAAUAAAUCCUCAUGGUAGUGGGGCUCGGAAAACAGAAACUAGAGUUGAAGAGGCAUUUCGGCACAAACAAAGGAACCCAAUGGAUGUCUGGCACAACUCUGCAAAUAAAUGUGCAUUUCGAGUUCGGAGAAAAUCAAGGCGGCGAUCACAGUGGGGUAAAGGAAUUAUUAAGAAAAGGAAAGUGAAUAAUUUAAAAAAAGAUGAAGAGGACACCAAAUUUGUGGACUAUGAGAAUCACACAGAAGACAGGAAAUUGCUAGAGAAUGGAGAGUUUGAGUUAAGCACUGACUGCCACGAGGAAAAUGGAGAAGAGACCGGGGACUUGUCUAUGACCAAUGAUGAGUCAUCAUGUGACAUCAUGGACAUGGACCAGGGCCAAAGGCUCAGCCAUGAAGCAGGCACAAAAGAAAACUUCGCAUCAACUGAAGAGGAGAGUUCAAACGAAUCCCUGCUUGUCAACAGCAGCAGUUCUCUGAACCCAGAACAGACAUCUAGAAAAGAGCCUUUCCUCAAAGGGAACUGUCUAAAUGGUGAGGCCUCCACUGACAGCUUUGAAGGAAUUCCAGUUCUGGAGUGCCAUAAUGGCAAAGCUGAAGUGGUGUCUUUCUGUGGAAGUGGAGAUAAGUGUAGUUCUGAACAGAAAGCCCUUCUGGAGGACCAGUCUAAAGAAAAACCCGAAACUUGCAAGGAAAGUCCUGGAGAUGAUCCUGAGAAACUAGAGGCACUGGAAUGUAGCAAUAAUGAGAAAUUAGAACCUGGCGCAGAUGUGGAAGUUAAAGACACAGAACUGGAUAAAGAAGGUGCUUCUAAAGUAAAGAAAUACCGUAAGUUAAUCUUAGAACAGGCAAAAAUGACAAGCCUGGAACUGGUUCCAGAAGAGCCAUCUGAGCCUGUGCCACCACUCAUAGUUGAUCAUGAAAGACUGAAGAAAUUGCUUGAUUUGUUGGUUGAUAAAAGCAACAAUCUGGCAGUUGAUCAAUUGGAGCGAUUAUAUUCUCUUCUUAGUCAGUGCAUCUACCGUCAUCGUAAAGAUUAUGACAAAUCACAACUUGUAGAGGAGAUGGAAAGAACAGUUCAUAUGUUUGAAACAUUCCUAUGAACUUCCCAAGAUGAGUGGUUUACCCUCUCCAAUCUGCUCUGACAGAGCAGUCUUCUGAGCCAUUCAAUUUCAGAUUGCACCAAUUAUGUGCAGAGCCUUGGUCUUUAGUGCUCUCUCACUCAUUCGUUCUCUGUUGAAUUUGGUGCUAUUGUCUCAGGUACCUGAAACCAACCAGCCUACAAGAACCAAACAGAACUUCAGAAAUAUGUUGUAUUUUCCACAAGUAAAAAAAUACAACCCCACAGCUUGGAGAUUUUGGUGCUACAGAAACUGCUCUCGCUCUGCUCCUCUUUCCGUGCACUCUCAUGGAGACUCUUGUGAGCAGACCAGCAAACACGAGGAAACUGGAUGGGGCAGUUGUAACCAUGUUGAAUUGUUUAAACAGUGGGCAACCUGUUAUUCCCCCCCCUCCUUUCCCUUUAUCAUAUUUGUUUUCUUAUUCUCUGGGUAAUGAACUGAAAUCUGUCUUAGAGUUGGCUACGGUAUAUUCUAGUGGGAAACUGAGGAAACAGUAUGAAAUUCGAUUAGGCUCUUUAGAACUGCCUUCAAUGUGCCUUUUUAUUCAUUUGAGAAAGAUAAGGCUGAAAGAUGUAGGAGUUUGCUUGUAACAAAGAGCAGGAUGUUUUAUUUGGUUAUGAUCUUGAAAAUAAGUUUUGAUAUAGUCUGUGUCAUUAAGAGGCAACCAGUAUUUUGGUAUAAAAUGCUUGUCUUGCUCUCAGAAUGCAGUGAAGACACUCAGUAAGCCACAAGGUAUAAUAAAAUGGUACAUUCUCCUUUGUGGUCUAUUUAUGUUUGAGAAACUUGUACUAAAACAGCAGUAGUAGCAAAUUUUAAACACCCUACAAAAAAGCUUACAUAUUUUUCAAUAUUGCUGACAGUAAUGACCAGAAAAUAAAUAGAUACCUGCCAUUCUUUUGUCUUUGGUGUCAAUUUAAUAGUUGCUUAUGGUUGAAUUCCCAGAGAAGAAUGAUUUUUCAUAUAUAGUAAAUCAUUAUAGUUUUGUUUUUAAAGCCAGGACUUGCCAAAUGGACAGGAAAGAGAGGAAUUUGUCAGAAGUUUCAUAAAGUUCAUUAUAUAAAUAAAUAUAUAUAUACUAUUGCAAGGGAGUUCUGGUGUAGUCCUUAAAUAACAGUAUUAAUGUUUAAAUCUCUUCCCAUACUCUUCACCCUUCACAGCUCUUUAGUUGAUUGAAAACCAUUUUGGAUCUUGUGGUGUGAUUUCUGUAAAUUGUACUUAUCUAAAAUUAAUUAUGGGCUACUGGUUUUUAAAAAACCUUGCUUUCUACAAAUUUGGAGACAAAGUCUAGGCAGUUGCAAAGAGGCAAAGGGAGUGCAGUGACUUUUUUUUAUCAGAUGAUUUUUAAACAGAAAAAGUAGGAAAUCUUGCCCAACGUUGGCUUGAUAACUUCGUUCAUUGUAGCUCUUAGCUGCAGGUGUGUCUUUCCAGUAUGCAGCACAUGUAGUUUGAGUUUUAAUUAGAGCAAACAGUCUUGGACUACUGCAGAGAUACUGAGCUACCUCAGCUUUUUGUAUUUGUUACCAACAGUGCUUACAGAGUCCUGUAACCACUUUGCCACCGUUUACGUGCUGAAGCUAAGGUACUUGUCUCCUUGUCUCUGGCUUUAUGUAGUGUGUGGGAUGCUGGUGCUGAAAAGCACACUUUGGCCUUAGGCUACUGCAGUAAUCCCAAGUGCAUUUGUAUUUACAUUUUGCGCCUUCUAAUUCUAGCCUAAUUUUUUUUUUUAAAUGCCACUUGUUUUCUUUAUAGCUAGUCAAUGAUGUUUUCAUAAGUAUUCAGUUAGUCAUAUAAUCCAAGAUGCUAUCCGUAUAGACACACUGUAUUUUUAAGGUAGGCAAGUGCGAUUAACGAUGAACUAUUUUAAAGGGGAGGUUAUUUGAAACCUUCAAUUUCAUCAUUGGGAGGAUUUUCAUGCUUUCUUUAAUAUUUAUUACCAUCAUACCAAUUCAGACUAUUUUACUGUCUAAUACAUUAACAUUUUGUAUUUUGAUGGAAAUUGUUACAGAAUUUAAAGAUUUGAAGAUAUAAGAUGUAGCAGACUUUUUGUAGCAAGUUUCUGGUAAAAGGGUUUUUUGCAAGUCUCAGGUUCUUGCUGCACUUUUUUUUUUGUAAUAUUUAUUCCAGUUACUCUAAUUCAGAAGGAUUCUGUUCAAGUAACAACAGCAGCACUUAUGAAAGGAAAAAGACACACAUAUUCUUUGUAGGCUACUAAAUUUGUACAGGUUAAUUUUUUAGCCAAUAUUGAGUUUGACAAGGGAAAUGUAUUUAUUUUCAGUUGUAAAAUGCUUCCACAAGAUCUUUUUUUUUUUUAACUUAAUGUAAACGGAGAAAUAGGAGGUAACCUCAGUAUGAUAGGAACUGCCACUUUGAACAGUUUAGGUCUUAAAGAGAAAGCCAAUCUAAAGCCAAGGGGGGCGGAAAUGAGCUGAAAUUGUACUAACUCUCUGGCCCCUUCCCCCUCAAAAGGAAACACUAGACCAGUUUUGCUUAUUCCACAGAUAUCUGGUGGUUCUGUAGUUCAAAGCAGCGUGUGAAAUUCCUCAAGUAGACUCAUUUGUCUACCUUUCUGUAAGUUCUUAAUUUUUGCUGGGUAACAUUGGCAAAAAUGUGUACAAAUUGACCUCUGUUCUUAUUUCCGAUAGUGAGCAUUAUAAACUUUAAGCUCCUGUGUAAAAUCUUGAUAUCAGAUCAGUAAAAUAUAUGUCACAGCACAGCCCACUAAGAGUUAAUGUUCAGCUGUGGGGACCAUGGGAGCUGUUAUGAAGAUGAUGGAACCAAUCGCACUAGAGUUGAAACUGAUGGCUGUGGAUGAAUUGUGUUUUUGAGCUUGAAUCUCACCUGUGAUUAAUUUCCUUUAACAACAUCCUUUCGUGACUUGAUUUUUUUCUCACAUGCCAGUGUAUUUGUAGGUUUACUGGAUUUUAUUUUUAGGGUGUGGGGUGCUCAUUUCUUAACUUGCCAUUUGUUGAUUCAGUUGGCUUGGCUAUGGUGCUAUUGGGUAGGUGUCUGCAGUGUCGGGUCCCGUAGCUGAAUGCCAUUAUCCUUAUUUGUAAUCACAUUGUAAGCUUGACUUUGAGCUUGUACCUGCAUCUUUUGUAUUUUGUACAUUCGGUUACUUAGGCUUUGGGAGUCCUAUUUUGGUUCAGUCAUGUAUGUCUACUUCAUAGACUUGAGUAGACGUCAUCAACUCUGGUCUAUUUUGGAUUUGUAGUUUAAUUUCGAAUUGUGUUAAAUUGAUGUUUUGCAUUUUGAUUUCAUUUUUCAUUAGUUUUGAAGUAAAUUAUUUAAUUUUUGAAUUCUGAAAUUUUAAACAUUUACUGUAAUUUGUAAUAUAACUGCUGUGAAAUACUUGAAUAAAGCUGACAAGAAAAACA